AUGAAUCAUCAUAGGAGGACAAAGCGAAAAUGCAAAGUAAAUUGCAUAGACAUAGAACUGGAGGCCUUUAUAUUUGGAUGUUUUUUCUACACAUGGAAUCAAAUAUUUUCAGAAAAUGUUAAUCAAAAGAAGAAUAUUAACAAAAAGAGCACAACUAGCGUAAACAGAAUUAUCUCUAGAGUAAGUAAUAGCGUAAAAAUUACAAAUACAGCAAAAAGGAAAUCCAAUCUGAUCGAUACCACUAAAAAGACACAUCUGAAUAAAUAUUCAAACGUCCUAGAGGUACCAAGUUUGGAGAAUAAUAAAAGUAGAAAAAGCUUUUGUCACAAUCAGAGUGCUUUGACAGAUACACCAGAUAACGAAAUCAGAUGCAAAUUAAAUGAAGAGUUUCAAAAAAAAAACAAAAUAAGCAUUAGCGAACUGAAUAAACAAUUAUUACAAUUUGUUAAAUUGAACUUUUGUUUGAAUAACAAAGACAUUUAUAUAUUCCACGAUUUGUACUCUUUUUACCAACACUUAAAAGAGGAGAAGAAGUAUGAGCAAGUUAAUUUACAUCACUACUUUUUUAGAGGGCGACACAAUUUACAUAAGAAGCCGAAGGAAGCAACGAUGGCCACAUCGAGAGGAAGCACUAGAAGAAGUACAUCCUCCAUGGGAAACACGAGAGGAACAGUAAAGAGAGGAAGCACACCUAUGACAAAUACAAUUGUUGGUAAGAACAGAUGGAGGGAAAAACAUGAAGGAAAAAUACACGAAAGAGGAAUAUCAACUGGAAAGACAGAAAACCAUGGGUUGAAAUGUAAUCCUAAAGAAAUAACCAGAUUUUACAAGAUGGAUGAAACUAAAAUGAUGAACUCCAAAAAUGGAAAAUCAAAUUGUCCAUUUUGUGAAAUGUCACUAAGCAAAGAUAAACGUAAGAAGUGGAUGAAAAUGCAAAAGUUUGCUCACGCAUGCAUAAGAAAAGUGUAUGGAGAAAAAAAUCUAGAGAUAGUAAACAAGUGCAUUAUAAACAUAAAAACAUUUGAUGACAGCUUUGUUCAUUCUAUUACAAUUGAACGAUUAUUUAGUUAUAUAUAUGAUAAAAAUGAUAAAAAUUUGGUAUUUUUUUGGUACAGAUUUUUAAAUGUCUUAAUAAAUGUAACAAUCAAUAAGGAACUAAUGAUCAAAGUUUUUUUUUUCUUUUGUGUAAAAAAUUUAUUAAUUUCUUCUUAUUUUAAUACAGAAUUGAUGAUGGGAAAUGAUGAAUUUUCAGUCUGCAGAAGUUUUUCAACACAAGGACAAGAAAAAAAUGCUUUCUUAGCAAAAUUUUUAAAAAAAUAUAAAUAUGAGAAUAUUAGCAACAUUGUUUUAAAUAAUAAUUAUAUGCUUUUACAAAACCUUUUUGAUUAUUUUUUCAUGAUAUGUUCAACACAGAGCAUAAAGUUUUAUGACAAUUUUUUUUUAAAUGUGCAAAUGAUUAAUUUUGUGUACAUUGUACAGCUGAAUUUCUUUCACUACUUCUACCUCGGUCUGCAUUCCAAGUAUCGCAAAUGUGAAGCAUCGAAUCAGAUGUACGCGCAUAAAUUAUGUACUAAUGCAACCAUUACUACAACCACUAAUGUGAUCACUACUGUGCCCACUCCUACAACCAAUCCUACAACCAAUCCUACAACCAAUCCUACAACCACAUCUAUAACCACUACUUCUAUUAUCAAAUGUGACAAUAGUUUUACUUCUCAAAGUGAUAAUAGGUACAUAAUUCGUGGGCCGAAUAGGGUAGAUCUACGUGAAUACUACAAAGGAAAGAAUCUAAACGGGGGUAAGAGGAACACUUCUGUAAGCUGCUUAAGAAAAAGGAAUGUGGAGACGUCAAAUGGUGCAAUUCUUUGUAGUGUUAAAAAAGAGCUUAAGAAAGAUGCUAUUCUUCGUGCAAAAUAUAGAAGGAUGAAUGGCUUGGAGAUCAACAAUAAUGCUGAAUGUGUCGAGAUUAACAACCAUGCUGAGAAGUUGAAGAGGACAAAUCCUAUGCAAAACCUAGGAAUUAUUUACACAGGAGAAGAAUAUUGUAAAAACAGGAGGACACAUAAAGGAAGCGGUUUUUAUAGCACCUUCGUGGGAAAAAAUUACAAUGCAAGAAUAAAAUAUUAUUCUAAUUUCAAUCUCAGUCAUACAAAUUACAUGCAACGUGAGUCGUUCAUAAAUGAAAAUAUUAACGAUUAUGUGGAGAAUAGGAUAAAGGAAAGAGAACAUGAAUGUGUUAGACGAAAUUUUCAUCUGAGAGGAGAAAAUUACUCCGUAGAUGAGAAUAAGACAAGCAUAAUGCAUAAGAAAAAAAAAAAAUUUAUAAGAAAUUUAAAAAUAUUUUUUAGCAGAUCUUAUAAGUUCUUGAAUAAAUAUAUAAGUUCCAAAGAACUAACAAAACAAAGUAACAUUUUUUCAUUUUUGUUCGAUGCCCUUCCAUCAGAAAAUGUACGAAAUAAUUUUAAUGAGACAUUGGAGCCAUAUAUAUUUUCUAUAUUUUCUCAAUAUGAAUUUAUGGAGGUACAUAAUUUUAUAGAAAAUUUAAAAAAUUUAUAUAAUUUGAAAAGAAGAAAGAGAAGAGGGAAAAAAAGAAUUUUGCGAAGUGUGGAAGAACCAAAUGUAAAAUUUUUAAAUGAUACACAAGGGUUUAAUUAUAUUUAUCACAAUUUAAAAAAUGAUUAUCUUAUUUUAGCAGAAAAUUUAUAUCUUGAUAUUAGAGGAGAAAAAGAGAAAGAGAAAAAAAAAAAAAAAAAAAAAAAAAAAAAUAUGAUAGGAGAAAAUGAAGAUAGGUUUAAAUACAACAAAAUAAGGAUUUCAAAAUUAAUUCAAAAUGAUAAGACAGAUAAAUAUAAAAAUGUGUCUAUUUAUAGAUUUUCUUCAAAACAGUUAAGUAUGCAACAUAAUUUAUUUAACAUAUAUCUUGAAUGCAAUUUGUUAAAUAAGGCAUACAAAUUAGUGAUGAUUGAUUUUGAUUUCUCUUUUUCCCUAACUGCAGAAAUUAUCUUUUUAUAUAAAAUUUAUUUAAUAGAAUUAAAAAAAAAAAACAUACUAAACGCGUUUGAUCUUCUCAGUAUGACAUUUCAUAAAUGUUUUGUACUAUUGAAAAAAUAUUUAUGCAACACAACCUCUUUCAAAUUGUUGUCUCUCAUAUGCAUCAAUUUUAGUAGUCUUAUUUUUAAUUAUCCCUUUUUAAGGAAAUAUCUCUACUUCUCUCCAAAUGAAAAAAUAAAAUUCAUAAUGAAUAACAUAAUUAGACCUCAGAAUAUAACUGAAAACUCGUAUUAUAAUGAUUAUUUUAGACAAACCUAUGAAGAUGAUGCAUUAAAAAUUUUAUAUAACAACCAGAGGGACACACAAAGACAGCACAGUAUACUACACACAUACCCCAAAGCAAGCAUCAGGAGUGCAAUUGUGGGGGACGAAAGUUCCAGUUAUUGUGACACGAAUGUUGGAAAAGCGAGAAAUUCGAGGGAAGAAAAAAACGAUGAAAAGGAAAAAAAGUGGAGAGAUGAGAAAAAUUAUGAAGACGAAAAGAAUGAGAGAGAUGAGAAAAAUUAUGAAGACAAAAAGAAUGGGAGAGAUGAGAAAAAUUAUGAAAAGGAAAAAAAGUGUAGAGACGAGAAAAAUUAUGAAGAGGAAACAUUUUUGAGUAAUGAAUUCAACUUCUAUGCCAACUCACAUUUCCCCCUUUCAGUUAAUUCACCUGUGAGAGAGAGAAAAUUUUCACUUAGGGCUAACCAAGAGGACAUAGAAGGAAAGAAAAGAAAUACAUACGAGAAACAAUACGAAGAGGAAGGAGGAAAUAUGGACAGAUAUUUAGAUUCCCCUUCGAAUCGAGGGUUCCUAUAUGAUGAGCAGAUAUUCUGCUUAAAUAGAUCUAUGAAUAUUUACAACAAUAUGGUUAGAGUGGAUGGUUUGACCAGAGAGGAAGACAUGCAUAGAAAUGGAUCUCUCAGAAAUAAUUCCAAAGUGAACCAUAAAAGGUAUAAUAAUUGGAUCAACGAUUCUUCUUAUUUUGGAGAAAAGGAAGAACAUGAGUACAUGUUUGAUAGGUACGAAAAUUUUCACAUAAACAAAAUUAUACAAAGUUUCAAUUUUAUUUUUAACAUAUUGGAAAAAGCAGUAACUAGCUGUGAAGUAUCCCUCAUGAAUUACAACAACAGGGGAGCACUGUCUAUUGAUCGUCCCCCAAUGUACAGGAGACACAUUCUAACCUACAACAACUACAAAGAAAGUGUAUGUAACAUCACAAAUUUUAUAAAAGAAAUGGUGAAUAAAUUAGACCUGUAUUUUAGAAGAAAGUUUUUCAAAAAGAAAGAAAAAAGAGGCAUUAAGGAAAGCAUUAGAAAACAUAUAAAAGAUUUGGACGAUGAAAAAUGUAGAAAUUUUUUACACGAUUCGAGUGUUAUAAGAUCAUUAAAGAAAUCACAUGAAGAGUCCUUUUUCUCAUGUCUAGAAUUUUUGUUCCUAUCGUAUGUAUGUUCCAACUAUUUUUCUGAUAAUGUGUCGAAAAAUUAUAAAUAUUUUUUAAAAACUUUUAAUUUUAAUAACAUAUGGCUUAGUAAUGAACAAAUAAAAGUGAAAAUAUUACUAGGUCUAAUACAUUUGCUUUUAUACGAAAUAAAUUUGAUAGAUUUGAAUGAAUUUUUUUUGCAAAUUUUGAAAAUAAUUCUCCACAAAUUUUACAACUAUUUGGAUUAUAAUGAUUUGCAGAUCUUUCAAUAUAUAUACAUGAACAUUUCCAAUGAUACAUUAUUUUCUUCUUUCUCUCUCUGUGAUGAUAUUAACAAUGUUAUUAAAAUAAACUUUGCAAAAUUUCCAGAAUUCUUUUACAUCUUUCACAUGUCCAAAAUGAAAAAGGCCUUUUCCCACCAUCACAAAGAUAGUAGAAGAUGGAAAUUUUGUCAAGAUAUUUUCAUAGCUGACUUUUUGUCUUUCAUCUGUGAGUUAUUUGGGGGGAAGCAAGUUGGGAGAAAGAAAAUUGGAGGAAGUCCAACCUUGGAUUUGACAAAUGAAGGUGUGACAAGUGAUGGAUGCCCAUUUGUGGGUCUACCAAAUGAAGGUGUGACAAAUGAAGGAUGCCCAGUUGGGGAUCUACCAAAUGAAGGAUGGUUAAUCGAGGAUGAGGCGACAGGGAAGGAUCUCAUCGGAAGGGGGUUCAACGAAACAAUCCUUUGGGAUGACCCAUUUAUUGAAGAUGUAAAUUCAAAGGAUGAAUGGAUCCCAAAUGAAACGCUUAAUGAUGGUUUAGUUGUAGAUCGUGGAGCGUGGGAUGAUGAAUUGGAAGUUCAAAAGUGGAAGUGCGAAGAUGAGGAGAGGGAGACAUCCAUCCAUGAGGUGAUGGAUAAAGAAUAUGAAAGUUUCCUAGAUCAUGAAUUGGAUUGUUUUAAAAGUGAGAAAUGUUUUGAGAAGAAUGAUUUUGUUUUUUUUAAGAGAAAUAAAAAAAAGAUAAAAGGAAAGGAAGCAUUAGGAUGUGGAAGUGACUUUUUUGAUAAGAUUUUAUCACAAAUAGGAAAAAAAAACAAGAAGGAAAAAAAUGUUAAUAGAAAAAAAACUCCAUUGAGGAUAGUUAGAACUUGUGAAGUACGUGUUGAAGAAUACGAUGAUUUACAAUUGGAAGAUAGAAAAAAAACAGCUACCACAAAUUUCCCCAUCGAUGAGAAUACUAAAUUUAAGGAAAAGGACAAUUCCGAUUAUUUAGAACAAAAUAUUGAAGACAGGUAUGAACGCAUUCUUAACAAUUUCAAAAUUAGGAAAGAGACAUAUAUAGAAAAGUAUAUGAACAAGAAGAAUGAAUCAUUUAUACGCUUACAAACUUUUAGGGAUAGAUAUCAUUAUUAUCAAAAUAUGAAACCUAAUAAUUAUGAGGCUUACAAUUUUGAGAAGUGUUAUUACUUAUCAGAAGAAAUAUGUGAAACAAAUUGUUUCAUUCUAGCUGAACAUAAAAAUAAGAUGGGAGAUAAUUUUACUCUCGAAAAAAAUAGCUACAUUUAUAUAUGCUUAAAUUUAUUAAGUAUGAUAGAUUUGUACAUGGAGUAUAAAGUAAAUAUAUAUAACAAACCUCUUUAUUUUGUAAAACACUUAAUUAUUACAUGUGCAAAUAUUAGCUAUUCGAAGAAUUUAUCUGUCUUAUACAUACAUACGCUAAUACGAUUAUGCCUUUUCGAAAUGAGGAUGCAUAAUGUUCUUAUUUCAGCCAACAUUCUUCUUGAAAUUUUAAAUAAUUUUGAAAAAAUAAAAAAUUACAAAAAUAUUCUCGGUAUAAUUUUCUACUUGUGUGGUUAUCUUCUUAUACACCAAUUAAAUUUUGAAUCCGAACGUAUGCGCGAUGAAAAAAGAAAAGAGGGAUUAAUACAGGAAUAUAACUAUUAUGCAAAUUUAAAAAAAAAUUAUAUAUGUACCUUUCAGAAAAAUAAAUUAGACGAGAGAAAAUUUGUUAAAAAUUAUACAAUGUCCGACAUUUCUUUUGUUAAAACAAGUGUAUUACGUUCUCAGGCUCGGGAAAAUGUAUAUUCUGGCAUUUCAGAAAGUACAGAUGGGGAAGAUCAGAUAGGUUUAGACAUUUACACUGUUCCUUUACAAAGUUCUCAAGUGGAGGAUAAUGGAUUUUUUACAAAAAAAUGUAUCGAUUCUGAUGGGUAUAUCAAUCCUGAGGGGGUAUCAAGUGGAAGUCACGCCAAUUGGGAUCAUACAAUGCGUAUGCGGACCCCUUGCAGCAAAAAUAAUUACAUAAUGCCAUUUCUUCGAGAAAAAGAAAAACUUAAUUCAGACAUGUGUGAAUAUACAGGGAAAAAAAAGAAAAAUAUUUGUAAGAAAAACAACAACUUGUCAAAAUUAGGAACAACAAAAUGCGUAAAGAAGCUAAUCCCGUUAGUUAAGAACCAAAUAAAAAUCACGAAUUACUUCUGCAAUGUAAAAAAUGAAAAAUUGCAAGAUGUAUCAUCGGAUGAAAAUUCUGCAAUUCUUGAUAACAGUACAAACGUGAACAAUUCAAGCAAAAAUUAUGUAAAGAAAAGAAAAAAAAAUGAUGGAUUAACAGAUCAUGUAGUUAUUGAGAAAGGAAAUUUUCCCUCGGAUCCAAAUUUUGAAGAAAUGAAAAAUCACCCAUAUGACUUAUUUGAGCAGAUAAAUAAAAAGCAAUUUUGUUUACUCCUAAUAUGUUUCUAUAUGAAACAGUCUUUGCAAUAUUGGAAGUGUAGUGGUGAUGUUGUAGGAAUUUUCAAUGGAAUUCAGCAAAAAAAAAGGGUAAAAGAUGCCUUUUUUUUCCUCAUGUCGUCCUAUAAAUUUUUUUAUAAAUCCUCUCUCUUUCUGUCAAAACAGAGCUGCAUUCAGAAUUAUAAAUACCCAUUUUUCAAUUACGAACUGUUUAGGGAAUAUCACAAAUUUUAUAUCUUUUACCGGAGAGCCUUUCGCAGGUGUUGUAACGAGAACGUUGUCAAUGUCUUUUGGGAAUGUGGCCAUGACCAACAUGGUUUUUAG